UAACGGUAGCGCGCACAGCUAUGGUAUUAUUAUUGUAAAUGAGUCUGAUAUAAUAUGUCCAACUGCUCACACGUUUUAAACAAUUGAAUGAUUAAGUGAAAAUUCGUUAUUGUUUUAUUUAGAACUAGCAAGUGUUAUCCUUGAAUUUUUGUUAUAAAUUUCCUUCCCGAUUAAGUCUUAAGCAUAGUUAACAUUGCUUUGUUGCUAUUGGCUGUUUACUAUUCUAGUUGUAAUACAUCCUCGUGCGUGGGAUUUUUGAAAAUGUGAGAGCGAAUUUGUUCUUAGUAUCACAGUCACUGUGAUUUAAUAUUAUAUGAUCUGUUCAUGCCCAUUUACUUUCAACAGAAUUAGAAUAGAUUAAAUGUGAAUGAAACCUUCAUGAAAUGACAACCAGACUUCAAGGAAAGAAAUUUCGGCACCGGGGACAAUGCAAAGCUACAAAAAGAAGGAAAAAUCGAAACACAUACAAUAAACAAAGUAAAAUGAGGCAAAGAUCUGGCAUUGCCGAAGCAAAGAGUACAAAGAUGAUGAGCUUUCUGUCCCUGUGGAAUUGGGUUGUUGAAGGAAUUUUCAUUUUGCUAAGGUUGUGGCCUCUAAGGCUGUUUAUGUCCACUUUUUUUAGCAGCCGGAAUCCACUGUGUAUAAAUAUGGAUUCUGUGCAGCUCCAAGGGCUUGGUCAAAUUCUUCAAAGACUCGGUGACCUGGAAUCUGUCAUCAGUUCUAUGAAAACAAAGCAAGAAGAACAGAUUAAAUUAUUAAGAGAAAGCCAGUUAAUAAACAGAAAAGACUCCAAAAACAUUUGUUGUUGUGGAUCAGCAACUUGUUAUAAAUAUCCUAUACCUAUUAAAGUAAAUAUAAAUCAAGAAUCAGCAGCUGUACCUCCACCUCCUCCUCCUCCUCCUCCACCACCACCUCUCAUUUCCUCGGUGUUACCCGUGAUAAAACCAGUAAAGAAAAACUCAGAAGAUUUGUUUGGCAAAUCACCGUGUAAGAAAGCAAAACUAUCCGGACCUCCUGCCAUAACAUUGGAAGCUAUAAGAAAUGUCAAGCUUAAACAAGUGGCAAAUAGAAGUACAGGAGGAAAGAUGAAGUCUGAGCAAGGUGGCGGCGGCAGUACUCAGAUUGUCUCUCUGGAGGAUUUGAAGUCUGUAUCGCUACGGGCAACCAAAAGAAUACACAUAUGUGAAGAAGAUAAAGAAAAUUAUAAAAUUAGCUAUAGACCUUCUAAAGAAGAGCUUCAUAAACAUCGAAGCACUCUAAAAAAAGUUGAUGUGCAUAGGAGCCCUGGUGGCACUCCUCUUACGGAUAAAAACUGUCUUCAAGAUUCAGGUGAGGGACUUACUCCUUUGAUGACAAGAGCUCUCAGAAAAAGGUUUUUGUCUAUAAGAUCUCCAUCUCCACCUGCUGCUGAAAAUAGUCAGUGAUAAAUACAGAUUGUACUGCUGAGGUUUGUUUAUCGUGGGAUACGAAUGUGAUCAGAGCAACAGUCUUCAAUCGAAGCCACAGAAUUCGAUGUCACCAUUUAUUAAUGGCGUCAAUAACAUCGUUAAUUUUUACUUGUUUUCUCUGACAAACAUAUCCUUGAAUGUUAUUUAAAAGAAGUUAAACCAUUAAAUAAAAACUUCAUAAAUCAAUUUUACAAACAACUCGCAAGUAAAAUUUGUGGAUAAUACAAGAGUACAAUAGAGAAAGAAUGGCCCUUUUUUAAGUAUGUGCCAGAAGAGGAAAAAGUUUAAAAUACCAAUAUGUUUUGGUAAAUUAUCUUUACUUUGCGAGAAUUUUAAUUGAAGAAACAAAUCAUUACCCAAAUUCAAGAAAAACAUAAAAACUUCAUAAAUAAAUUUUACAAACAACUCGCAAGUAAAAUUUGUGGAUAAUACAAGAGUACAAUAGAGAAAGAAUGGCCCUUUUUUAAGUAUGUGCCAGAAGAGGAAAAAGUUUAAAAUACCAAUAUGUUUUGGUAAAUUAUCUUUACUUUGUGAGAAUUUGAACUGAAGAAACAAAUCAUUACCCAAAUUCAAGAAAACCUAAAAUAUAUUUAUGUAAUAACCUUUGCAGAUUUAUGGUAGUUAUUGUUGAUGAACUUUUAAAUCAAGUGAAUUUUAAUAUCCAGAGAAUUAAUUGCAACAUUUAUCCCUGAUAUUAUUAAAACACAUAGGAUCAAACAAGUAGAUAAAUUCAAUAUAAGAAAUCCAAUAAACUGAGCUAUUUUGGUAUUUCUUCCUUCGAUCUCAUUCUCUUUAAUAAGGAAGGUCUGUUUUCUGAAAAUUCUCGGGUUGUUGGGUUUCGCGUUUUGUAACAUAACUUUACGAUAAACGUGUAAAGGUUAUUGUUGAGUUUGUACAUAGUUAGGCUAAAUGAAAUCAGUUAACUCUGUACGUGAAACUUUGAAGACUGAAAAACUUGUUGAAAAUCAAUUUACUUUGAUUUAGUGUUAAUUUUAUUCUAAUGUUGGUUUAUUAAACAAACUAAUUUUUUUAUUUUAAAGUUAAUAUUUUAUCAUAAACAACUUGUAUACACCUA